AAUCGUGUAGCAAAUAAUCCUUUAAAGUGAAUCCUCAGAUGGACUAUUGUGUUCUAACAGUGUGGAACCACAACGUAUUUCAUGCGGAAUGUGAUUCAUAUCACAUAAUCAGUAAAAGGAUGCAGUGAGAAAACUGAUAUUUGGAGCUGGUGCUUUAAAAUAACCCCCGAUGUCAGAACUUUUUAUUUUAUUUAAGAGUAGAUAUUCAAAGUAUUUAUUUGGUUCUGUCUUGAUUUAAAACAUAAACCAACAGUAAAUUUAACUUAUAUACUACUAAUACUACCACUUUAUUCCAUGAAGGAUUUCAGCAGCAUUUUAAAGCUUGUCUGCUUCACUGUUCUCGUACGCUAGAUCGUUACUGUGUUUCUCGCCACACAAUGAUACCGUACUACCAUAACAGAACCAAAUAGUGUACUUUUCUGUAGAGACACACAACAGGACAAAACCCAAAUCAAGUAGCCAAUACAUUUUUGUAGCACCAUUUUUUUAGAUCGCAUACUAUGAAUUUAUAAAACACGUUUUCAUAUUUAUAACCCUUUUUAUAACGUACUAUAUUAAGACUUUACAAAACAACACAUCAGGACUUCUUGGAUUUUUCUCAACAUUUUGUACUUAACCUUAUGUAUAAAGUACCUUACACAUCUCCUCUAUACCAGAGGCGGCUACCGGCUCGCAAGCUACACUGAUGGAGUCAUGCUGAUCUAUUUUCAGAAAACUUUCUCAUCUCCAACAAUGUGUCUCAUUGUCUCAAUGUCUCAUUGAACAAAAAGAAUCAUCUGUGUAGUUAUUAAAAAGGGAUUUAAAAAAGUCUGUUGAGUAUGUUGAAAUAAGUAACAAAAUAAUAAGAGGACAAUUCGUUGGGGACAAUUGACAAAAUGUCCUCCAAUAAUGUUGAAAAAAAUUAUAAAACGGUCAUGACUCUUUCUCAAAAAGUCAUAGUGUUGUAUGUCAAAGAAAGUCUUAAAGUCAUGUUAUAUUAUUUCAAAAGAAAGUCUCAGUAUACCACAAAAUGUAUUAAAAACAGGUCAUGAGAAAAAAGUUUGAACAAGGUUGUGAUUUUGAUUUCCCCAAACGAAUAACAUUCAUUAUGUUCAUAAGAGUUUCAGAGCAGCAUUGUAUGUCUGUGGAUUAGCAGUUAAAUAAACCACCUGGCUGCUGUUUAGAGGAUUGCAUCAACACAACUCAGUAAAGAUUUGAUCAAUGUGCAUUAUGGCAAAAGCUGUCAUCAUAGAACCCUUUUUUAUUAGAACUUUCUAUUGGAAGGGUGGUUGCUGUUCUUCAUUCUAUGAUGUCAUAGAAUUCCCUUCCAGAAUCCUGCCAUGAACUGAGAGUAGCAUCAAAAUAGUGAAUUAUAAGUGUGUUAUAAUUACAAGUCAGUGGACUCAGUGAAGAAACCCCCACACGGAAAGAUGUCGGUGUACAAUGAGCUCCGUCUGGAACAGCAGCUUUGUGACGCGGUGAUCACAGUGGGCAGCGCUCGGUUUCACGUGCACAAGAUCGUCCUCUGCAACUGCAGCCCGUACUUCAAAGCCCUCUUCACCAACUGGUCAACCCAAGACAGGCAGGUCUUUGACAUCCCCCAUGUGUCUCCUGACAUCAUGAAGAUCAUCAUCGAGUUUGCCUACACCGCCUUUCCCGCUGUGACGCAAGAAAAUGUACAAGAGUCUUUCAUUGCGGCGCACCAGUUCAACGUGACGGGCAUCACUCAAGCCUGCUGCAGCCUCCUGGAGGAACAUCUGGCCCCGGGGAACUGCAUCGGCAUCUGGCGGCUCACAGGUGUCUACCACACCCCUGAACUGACCAACAAGGCCUUCCUCUACACGCUGACCCACUUUGAAGAGGUGGCUUCCGUCUCAGAGGAGUUCCCGCUGCUGUCUGUGCAGGAACUGGUUCAAAUCAUUGAGGACGACCACCUCAACGUCAAGCAGGAGAAGACGGUGUUUGUCGCCAUCCUUAGCUGGAUCGCCUACGCCGCUGAGGAGCGCAGAGAACACAUCUCUCUGCUUUUGUCCAAUGUCAGGCUGGCUUUAACGAGUCUACAAUUCAUCACAAACAGUGUGAGAAACAACGAACUGGUGCUGGCGAGCACGGAGUGCCACACGCUUCUCAAACACUCCCUGGCGGCCAUGCUUGAGCUCCAUACAAGCAGGUUCUCUGACACUAUUUUCUAUAAGCCUCUGUCCCGCCCGCGACUGUCCCCGACCGUCCUGUUGGCUCUUGGAGGCUGGAGCGGUGGCCGUCCCACCGAUGCCAUCGUGGCGUAUGAUAGCCGCGCUGAUCGCUGGGUCGAUAUCCCCAAAAACGGGGAUUACACUCCCCGGGCCUACCAUGGCGCCGUUUUCCUUGAUGGAGCAGUUUACAUUGUCGGUGGCUUUGACAAUGUUGAGCGGUUCAGCAGCGUGCACCGGUUUGACCUGGCCACGCACACCUGGACAGAGGUGAAACAAAUGCAUUGGACCCGCUGCUAUGUCAGCGUAACUGUGAUGGACGGGUGCAUAUAUGCCAUGGGAGGUUAUGAUGGACUGGAUCGACUCAGCAGUGCUGAGCGCUACGAGUCCAGAACCAACCAGUGGACUUUAAUUCCUUCCAUGCACAAGAAGAGGAGUGACGCCAGCUGCACGUCCCUCCGUGGCAAGGUGUACAUUUGCGGUGGCUUCACUGGGAGUCAGUGCCUGUCAACGGCUGAAUGCUUCAACCCAGAGACCAACCAGUGGACACUGAUUGCCUCCAUGGGCCACAGGCGCACUGGAGUGGGGGUCAUUGCCUAUGCAGGCAAAAUCUUUGCAGUUGGCGGCUUCAACGGGUUCAUCCGUCUAAACACUGCUGAGGCCUACAACCCCGACACCAACACCUGGCGCGCUGUGCCCUCCAUGCUGGCCGCCCGCAGUAACUUCGGUAUUGCCGUGAUCGAUGACCGCGUCUUUGUGGUGGGGGGCUACAACGGCUUCUCCACCAUGAUUAAGGUUGAGUGUUUUGAUGGCGAAACUAGCAUGUGGUCUGAUGUCAGGUCCUUGAAAGUGGCCUGCAGCGCCCCGAGCUGUUGCAUUGUGCACGGACUCCCUAACUUGGUCGAGUACUCGGCCCCGCGUCUUAUGCAAUGUUCUGAUGUAGAUGAGGAUAAAAUGGAAUAA